CGAGUUUAAGAAGAACUGAGAACACUGAGUCAACGCUACUUCCGUUGUACUCGGUACAAGACACAAGGACAGCGUGUCAACCCGCACAAGGCCGUACAGUGUAACAGUAAUGAGGACAUGUAGCGAGGACAGUCAACAGGUCACCCGCCUAACAGGACACGUCUCCUCACACCUUGUAUACUGUACUAGUGACGUUUUAUUGUUUUCAACAAGGCUUUUUUGCAAAUACGUGUAACAGAUAUAACUCUGAAAACGAAUAAAAAUAAUGACCACCAACAAUCACCGCUAUUAUUAUUAUUAUUAUUGUUAUUGUUGUUGUCAUUAUAAUAUAACUGAACAGCAGCCCCACAGUCUUUGUCUGACGGAACUGAAGCCACGUGUCACUGUUUACGGUCGGGACGGUUUAGCUGGUGCACCCGCUUGGACCGGAGCGAUCUAUGGGAGCGACCUGUGACCAGGGCGUCCGGAUGUUAUCCAGCAGUCUCUCCAGGUGGGGCUCUUCUCUCCUGUACCAUGAAUGAUCAGCCAUGGACCACAUCACCUUCCAUCAUGACACUGUGCUGUCAGACGUUCACAUGCUGCAGCCCAAUGCACGCCACCUUAUGACACGCCUCAACUCUGUUGGACAGCCAGUCUUCCUCACUAAAUUCAGGAUCCUGUCAGAUGGUGACAAACAGGACCACGAUGACCCAGGCAAGGAGGCGGAGCCAAGUGAUGAACCAAGGGAAGACGUCGAUAAGGACACUCUAGUCGCGUCAAGUGGAGGAACCGAAGGAGAGGAAGGCGGGGCGGGAAAUGUGAAAUCAUUUCUGGAUGUGGACGGAGACCUUGACAUCAAGCACCGACCGAGGAACAACCCCAACGAGGAGGGGGGCCGAGACCUGGUCUGUCCAGUCAUUCUCAAACAGUCUGAGUCUGCACUGGAAGAGGAAGACGAGGCUACGGAUGAUGAAGGCAUUAUAAAGAUUGAGCACACAAUGGCCACGACCCUCGAGGACGUUGGCAAACAGGUGUGGCUCGGGGCAUUCCUCUUGGCGGACUUCAUCCUCUCUAAGCCGCACGUCUUCAGAGGAGCUACAGUCCUUGAGCUGGGGGCGGGAACAGGCUUGACCAGCGUCGUCAUGGCAACCGUAGCCAAAACACUGUACUGCACCGAUGUGGGAGAAGACCUUCUAAGCAUGUGCAGGAGAAAUGUCACAUUAAAUCAACACCUAAUAGAGCCUGCAGGUGGAGAAGUGAGGGUGAGGCAGCUGGAUUGGCUUCAGUAUGACCUUUGUACAGACGCUGAUAUGGAAUUCAGGUGGACGGAAGAGGAAGUCGCCGAUUUGUACGACAACACCAAGAUCAUCGUUGCUGCUGAUGUGUGCUACGAUGACGAUCUGACGGACGGGCUUUUCCGAACUCUGUAUCGACUCUGCAGCAACUUCCGGCAGACCUGCACCAUCUUCAUCUCCUUGGAGAAAAGGAUGAACUUCACCCUGCGACACAUGGAUGUCUCGUGCGAUGCCUACAACCAUUUCAGCCACUGUCUGUUCCAGCUGGAGGAGCAGGUGGACGGGCGGUGCAGCUUCACUGUGGAACAGGUCCCUUCGGACUUUGCACAGUUCCUUCUGUACGAACGCAUUGAGCAGCUGGAGCUGUGGAAGGUGACCGCCACUCCUCUUGAUGCACAGGCUGUGAAAACUGCCCCCCCUCCCAAAGAGCCCAAGCAGUGCUCCAGUUAGCAUGUAAAGCAACAUGUGAUGGAGUCAGGCCCUUUGACACACAGACUUCAUCGAGAGUUUAGAAAUGUUUCACUGAUUUGAGCAUGAAUGUAGAAUAAGUUCUUUCUGAUCUUGAUCCGUGUAUUGACAACCAGCUGCUGUUAAAGCCUUUUAAAGUUGUGCAUGUUUGUGCAGUGUGUCCCAUUAGAAACGAGAUGUAAUAAAGAGUUCCAGUCCCUC